AUUAAUUACCCCACUCACCCCCGCGGCAGGGAGAGGAGCCGGCGGCGGCAGCGGGAUUAGAUCCAGCCUGAGCUAGAGACCAGAGAAUUGGUAAUUUCUUGUCUUGAAGGUGUUGCAGUGAUUCUUCAAGCAGGAGUAGGAAGGCUGGUGACAACAGUGAGAAGAUGCAAGGUCUUGAAGGUAGAGAAAGAAAGAAAGCCUAGUUGGAGAAGAGCCAGAGACCAAAGAUGCCACCACCAGCAGCAGCACCACAAUACCCACCUCCAGAUGGAGGUUGGGGAUGGGUUGUGGUCUUCGGGGCUUUUAUCUCCAUUGGAUUUUCCUAUGCAUUCCCCAAAGCCAUCACAGUAUUCUUCAAAGAAAUACAAGAAAUCUUCCAUACAUCAUAUAGUGAGAUAGCUUGGAUAUCAUCAAUAAUGUUGGCUGUCAUGUAUGCAGGAGGUCCCAUAAGCAGCAUUUUGGUGAAUAAGUAUGGUAGCCGGCCUGUGAUGAUAGCAGGAGGUAUCCUGUGUUCAUUUGGAAUGAUUGCUUCCUCUUUCUGCAAUAGUGUCCUGGAACUUUAUCUAUGUAUUGGUGUUGUUGGAGGUAUGGGUCUAGCAUUCAACUUACAGCCUGCCUUGACCAUGAUUGGCAAGUAUUUCUAUAAGAAGCGUCCGAUUGCUAAUGGAUUGGCCAUGGCUGGAAGUCCAGUGUUUCUGAGCACAUUGGCACCUCUCAAUCAAUUCCUCUUUAAUGCCUUUGGCUGGAAAGGAAGCUUUCUCAUUCUGGGAGGACUUCUUUUGAACUGCUGUGUGGCUGGGUCACUUAUGAGACCUGUUGGACCGAAAACAGUCCCUCCUGUGAAAAAAGAUGUUGAAAAAGGCACAGGAGACUCUACCUUGCACAAAAACAACAAGAAGUCUUUUUGGCAAACUAUGAAUAAAUAUCUAGAUCUGUCCCUCUUCAAACACAGAGGGUUUCUGAUAUAUUUGUCAGGAAAUGUCAUUAUGUUUAUUGGUUUCUUUGCUCCAAUAGUAUUCUUGGCUCCUUAUGCCAAGCACAAGGGAAUUGAUGAAUAUUCUGCUGCUUUUUUGCUAUCUAUCUUAGCCUUUGUAGACAUGUUUGCUAGGCCUUCAAUGGGACUUGUAGCAAACUCCAAGUUUAUUCGGCCAAAGAUUCAGUACUUCUUUAGUUUUGCUGUCUUGUACAAUGGCGUCUGUCAUAUCUUGUGCCCUCUGGCAACAAAUUACACUGGCUUAGUGAUAUAUGCUGUAUUUUUUGGGUUUGCAUUUGGAAUGGUUAGCAGUGUUCUUUUUGAGACAUUGAUGGACCUUGUUGGGGCUGCCAGAUUUUCCAGUGCGGUUGGACUUGUCACCAUCGUGGAAUGUUGCCCUGUGCUCAUAGGCCCUCCUUUAGGAGGUUGGUUAGUGGAUAUUACUGGUGAAUAUCAGUACAUGUAUUUUGUCUGUGGAGCAAUUGUGAUUGUGGCCAGUAUCUGGUUGUUCAUUGGCAAUGCCAUUAACUACAGGCUUUUGGCAAAAGAAAAGAAGUUAGAAGAUGAGAAGCAGAAAGCACAGAAGAAUGCAGACUCAAGGGAAGCAGAACCAUUAACAAACAAUGAGAAUGAAGAUGCUGCCAACAGAGCUGAUAAAGCUCUUGAAGAUCCUUCAGAAAGAGAAACCAAUAUUUAAUCUGCAAUAUAGCUCAGAAGGCAACAUUUAUGACUUCCAUUAGAAAUAUGUCUUCAAGACACAGGCCAGGUUUUGUGUUAAUAAUGAUCAGUCACAAUAUUGGAUGGGAACAGAUUUUUGCCCUGUGGCAAGACUUGAAGUUAAAUUACUAUCUACAGUUUAUUUAUUUCAGUGAUACAAAAUUGAGAUUACAGAGGUAGUGAUUCCAUGCAAACAAGUCCAUCAGACUAUGACUCUGGAUAAUCAAGAGUCAGGUAAACCAGGCUAUAAAGCUUUCCAAUGACAAACAGUUUUGUUUCAAAAGUGUAUCUAAUGCAAAAAUAUUUCCUAUUCUUAUUUGGGAAAAUACUUUGUGUUCAUCUUUAGAAUAUUGUUAAAGUCUGUUGAAAUAAGCUGCCCAAACUUUAUUUACCACUAAUAUUAAAAAGAAUAUAAACUCAAAGAUUUUUUUCAAAAGAAACAGAGUAUCUGAGUGAAGCAUGGUGAAACCUUUUUCUCUUUUUUUGCCCACUAGAUCAAAAAGAGACAUUAUAUCUGUAUAAACAAUUAUAACAUGGAUGUAAAAGUUAAGGCUAGAAGAUGAACAAUUGGUGGGUAUCAUAUCUAAAACACAAUAAACAGCUGAAUUACAGUAUAUUCCAGAAGUUGUUUCCUCCUGUGAUAGCUAACUACUUUGUACUUCAACAUAUAAAUUUGAACAUAAAGUACAUUCAGAUCUCACUAAUUCAAAUUAAGCUAAAAUCUGCCUGUAUAAAAGGAUUUAAAACCAAGAUCUAUGUUGCUAACAGGAAUGGCAAUUAAUUUGUUUGAUUAUGUAUUCCUGUAAGGCUGAAGGAUCUGGAUUGGACUGUGAAGCCUUCUUCAUAAAGGGACUAGAUUCAGAACCUGCUGAUAUUAAAAGAAUACUUACCCUGGCUUUUGGGGCCUGAAUCAGUUACAUGGCAAUGGCUUCAAAGUAGGUGCUUGGGUUUAUUGGCAAGUCAUUAGUUGUUUGGUUGUCUACUGAGAGGAGAUUUAAGGUCUCUGCAGACAGGCAACUUCAUACCAGCCCUCACCUCUCUUUCUCACGUGUUUAGUGAAAAGCUACUUCGUUUUUGUAAUGCUGGUUUGAGCAAAAAUGCUGCAAGGCAUAUUGACAGUGCCAGUCUGGAAGCUUUGUAUUAACGUAUCAUUUUUGUGCAGGAUAUUUGGUCUUGUGUCUACAAUUUCACACAGACACUCAUUUCAAUUAAAAUGUACACAAUUGUUCCUCUUCCUUUAGGCAAAAGAAAGCAUGUCUGUGAUUUUAUUUUACAAAAAUCAGUUAGCAUUGCACUUGAAACCUAGGAGUACAAGCUUUUGAAGUUAUUAAGUGAAUAUAUUUCUGUUCUGUUUGUAGGUGAGGAAAGGUGCUACUCAUUUUGGAGAGAUGCAUAUAAAUGCCUCAGAAAUUGUGAAAAAUAAGGGUCUGAUUCAUAAAACAUUUAUGUAGUGUUUAUGCAGGAUACAUAUACACUCAAUGCCAGGAAAAGAAUAACAUUAAUUUUAGCCCUCUUCUAAAUCUCAAAAAGUUGCAAAUAUAUUGGACAGACAUCUAGCUGUGUUAAACACACUUUGAAGUGCCAAUAACAAAAUUUAAAAAAAAAAAAAAAAAAAAAAGUAAAAUCUAGCAGAUAUGGCAGUGCAUUAAGAAAGCCAUUUUUAAAUAGUAUUGUUCAGUAUUAUUAUUUUCAUUAUUCUAAAAAUUCUGGUAGUGCUUGCUUCUGUUUGCUGGGUUAUCAUCUAUGAAGUUCGACAGUAAUGUUGAACUUUUUCAUUACCUCAGCACUGUUUGGGGGAGAAGCAUCAUGAAUCUACUCACAGCAUGGUAUAGAACUGAAUACCUACUUUUUGCCUAAUUAUAUGCAGGAAAGCCAACAUCUUCUACAAGUCCUGCAAUUUUGCAGGUGCAUCAGUAACAAAAUAUGUGCAUUUCAGAGUUUUGGGAGAAAAUAUGAGUUACGUGCCCAAAUUUGAGCAGUGAACUGUGUAAACGAGAAUGAUUUAGUCCCAGCAAAAUUACAGUUCCUCUCCCAGCCCCCAUCUUUGAAGAAAAAUUAAACACAUUUCACCUUCUUCCAAACCAUACACCUGCCAUCACCCUGUGAUGUAAAACAUUGCUCUAUUUUUGACUAUACAAACAUACAGGGUGAAAUCCAGGAUCUGUGAAGGCCCUGUGUUCACAGAGCCAGAAAGUGCUGAGAAGUUUCAUAGGCACUAAGCUUUCAUACAGUGAGGAAUAUUAGUUAUAAAUACUGGAUUGUGAAAGAUGAACUGAAAUUUCAGCUAAAGAGUAGUCAUCAGGAACAUCACUCUCCUCUUGACAGCAAGUGGCAGAAAGGCAGAGAUUAUUUGAAAAGAGAUGAAUGUAUGGGCCGAACCAAAAUGACUGAGGCAAAAUUCUAGGUGCUUAUUAUCUCUUUGCAAAAAAACAGCACGAUUAAGAAUACAGGGUAAAAGACAACAAGUGUCAACUUGUUAAAAGUUGUAGUUGAGUAAAUAAAGGACUCAGAAUAAAGAUGAUAAUAAAAGGCUCUCAGGAAACAUGCAGGCACCUUACCUGCUUUAUGCAGGAUCACAGAAUACGAUGCAACAUGACAUAGGAAAUAAGGGAAAACCAAGAUUCCUCAAGCCGUAGACACACCUGACCACCAGUAACUAAAAUUAUGUUACUAUCUCAGAGGAAAUCAUAAUUUAUAUAAAUACAACCCUCUGCAGGGAUACUACUAUUUCAUCUCUGGACAAUUAUGUUAAAAAAUAAUAGGAAUGAAAGAACUGCUUUAACACCACUCACCAGUGUGCAAUUUUUAAUCCCAUAAGGUAAAAAGGUGUAGCAGGCAACUGGAGCAAUAUAAAGUAGGAACUGAGUCAAAUGAAAUACUUCCUUACACCUCUUCCAUUACUUUUCCUCUUAAUACUAGCAACAAAAUAAAAAACAUCAGAAUACUCUUGAUAUUACUGAAUAUUAAAGAAGUUAAAAUCCAGAGAUGAAUUAAGAAAAUUGGAACUAUAUCUAUGCAAAAACUGCCUGGAAUUAAAAAACUGUCUUCCGAAUAACAGGUCCUAAGGGGGCAAUUGCCUUGUAAGUAGCUCUUAUUUCUAAAAGUAAUAAUAAUAAUAAUAAUAAUAAAAAAUUGCCUUUAAUCAAAUCUAUACUGAGCAGCAAAGUAGUAAAAUGAGUCUAACUUGCCUUCAAAUCCCUGAAUAUCACUCUUACUUGCAUUAAGAUAUAAUUUGUACUGCAAAUCAUUUCAUCAUUACAUUUCUGCUUUCAGGGUAAGACCUGCGUAUAUACAUACCAUCUCUCUCAAUUCCCCUGCUUUAAUUACCUUGCCUCCAGUCUGGACCACCGCUGGGUCAGAACUAAGAGAUGCCUGGGCACUACAAUGGAGAAGUGUACUCUCAAACUUCAAGACAUACCACAUGCAUUUGUUAUGCACUGUGGAGUCUGUAGUCUCUGUCAGUCAGUGCAAGCAAAUCCUUAAUUGGUCUUAAUCUCCUUUAUACUUAGGUAUACUUCACCCUUUUAAUUUCUCUGCCUUCUUCAUAUCACUGAGCCUAAUAGUCAUUUUCCUCUUAUUUGACCAAUGAAGUAAAAUAAUGCCAAAAUUUUUAAAUUAGUAGGAAAGGGAAUAACAUCAAUAAUAUUUUUCCAAUUUAGCAUCAAGGUUAAAUUUCAAGUAGUUUCAGAGCAUACAUCUAGAUACUUUUAUCUCUUUAGAGUUUUUGGAAAUUGUACUCUCUAGAAGCUGUAGAGUUUUCUGUAUUGCCCUUUCCAACUCCAGAGAAAGGCUUCUCACCAGUAAUUCUCAGUACUUUUUCAAGAACAUAUCAGAAGUUGACCGCUUCCACCUCUCCUCAUUGAACUGUGGUUGCAACUGUUGCCAGUUCUGUAAUUCCAUUGAGUUCACAAAAGCAUCUUUUCAUAUGAAAUGCUGUAGCAUAAGCAGUCAGGCUACAAUCCUUUUAUUUCAGGAGUGUGACUUAUGAACUGUUUUGACAGAGUUAGGGAAAGUCUUAUUUUAUCUUCAAAUAGAUUUUUUUUUUUUUUUAAUGAUGCUGUCCUUAUGAGAGGAAGUUCAACUUUGCUUACUGCUAAAGUGAAUGGCAGCAAUUUCACUGACAUCGUGAUUCAAGAUUCACAUGAAUUUUAAUGGCCUUUUUGCAUAUCAGCAUCCAGUGUGUUUAAAAAAACAUUUGACAGUGUAUGCAUAAUUGUUCUUCCCAGAGAACUCUUGUUCCUCUGAAGGCUUCCUGCUCCCAGCCCCCACCCUAUUCUCCAUUUUGAUGUAACACAAAGAAUUUGGUUUUGGAAGGUAAUGAAUGCUUUCUUGUCAUUCUCCUUCCUCAAAUGUCUAAGCAACAUUGUUCACUUGCUACUUUCAGGUCUGGAUAGUUGUGAUGAUUACUGGGGAGGUAUUAUUCAGAUACAUAAUAAGCUACAGAUACCAGAUACAGUUAGAUUUGGGGCAGCCAUCAGGAUUUCACUAAACAAAACCAGUGACCGCUUUUAUAGAUAAACAUGCUGUAACUGAUACUGACAAUUUUGCCUAUAACAAAAUUGAAUUGAGGCAACUUUUGUUAGUUUCUCUAUAGAUGACUAUUUUUCUACUCACAGAGAGGAAUAUAAAGGGAAUUUUUAAAUUAUUUUCAGAGAUGACAUAGCAGUUUUAACAAGGCUCUCUGGAUUUUUGGGGGGGUGGGUGCUUUUCUGAUAUUUGUGCAUAUAUAUAUAUUGAAAAUGCUUGCAUGUAUUAUCACCUUUUUGAUCACAAUUUACAUAAGCAUUGCUAUGUAAUUUCAGCAUAAUUUACAUGUUGUUGUUUUGCAGUUCAAAUUUUUCUCAUCAUCUACCUCUCAACUGAAGUUUGGAAACUUGCACAACCCUGGAAGAGUACAGUUAAUCAAAAGCAUAAUGAUAAAACCUGUACAGACUAUUAGAAAGUUGCCCAAAUAUUUGAAACUACUUACAGUUCUAUUUUUAAGACAGUGUAUAUUUAUGACAAAAUUUUUUGCAUCAAUUAGCAUAGCUUUACUAAGUCUAAAGACUUAACCGAUACCUGUGUAGUUUUUACAUCACUGAACUGAUAUAAAAACUCAACAUGUCAUUUCGAUAUCCAAAGUCUACUGCCCUUUCUGUGAGAUGCUGGCCAACAGGUUUUUUUUGUUUUGUUUUGUUUUCUUUCAAUUUCCGAGUUAGUGGAAUUGAAUGGAAACACUACAUAAUUAAUACAUCCAAACAGUUUUAAAGAAAAUUUUGCAUUUUGCAUCCUUGGGGAAAAAAAAAAAAAAAGUUUAUUUCAUUUAGAAAUAAUACAGAAUUUUAGCUUGCUUUCCCUUUUUUGGAGCAGUUGAGGAAGAUGGUCAGAAAAAAUUGGACUGGGGCUGAGGAAUAAUGAUUGUUCUUCAUAUGCUCUUUAGAAAACCAGAGAUGAUUGUUUCUUCAAAGAUACUCUUCAUUUUAGCCUGCAAACCAUUCUUGCCUUCUAGGAACUAGUACAAACUCCACUGAAUCCAGCAUAAAAAAAAAAAAACUAUCAAAGUCAAAGGGCUUUAUCAGACAUUGGAGGUGAUGUGGCUUCAGUGGAGGCUUCAGCCUUAUUUUCUCCAUAUCAAAUCUCAGGAGUAUCCAGUGUAACACAACAAAUGCAGGUUUUGUUGCAAUUGGCAAAUUUAGCUAUGCCUGCAUAUUAUUCCUAAUGAAUCAGUCCCUAAAUUAACGCACAAUAUGUAUUAAUAGUCUAUGUAAAUAAAAUAAAAUAAAAUAAACAAAACAAAACAACAUAAACUCUGAAUGUAGAUUAUAAAAUAUAGAGGAUAUAUUGUAAUAAAUAUCCAAACAAAUCUGUUUAACCCCAAAGGAAAUUAUCCAUUUCCUUUCAAGCCUUCUUUCAGCGGUUUAUAAUCUUUGUUUUUCUUAUUUCCACAGAAAAUGGUUUAUGUCUUUUGGGAAUGUAUAUAUAGACAUAUAUAUAAGGCAAUAUAUAUGCAUAUGUGUGUAUAUAUGUAUUCCCCUAUAUAUAAAACUCUAAUUUAUAUAUAUUAUAUAUAUUUAUGUAUAUAUAAAAUAUAUAUAAGGUCUUAGAGUAAAUUGCAUACUGUGCCUGAUAAAUGAAACAUAUUUGUAAACAAAUAAAAGACUUCAGCAAAUGACAGAAAAAUUUA